AUGGAUGUAUGGUCCUCUCCCCAGCGCAAGGCAUACAUCGCUGUCCACGCGCAAUGGGUCGACGAGACAUACAAGCCCCGCAAGGCGUUGCUGGGGCUGCCAAACCUGCGCCGAUCGCACGCGGGUGCGGCCAUGACGCCGCACCUGAUGAAGAUCAUCCGAAGAUACGGCUUGGCACAAAAACUCGGCUACUUCACUGGGGACAAUGAUGCCAAAAACGAUACUUGCCUCCGCCAGCUGUCAGUUGAUUUAUCGCAAGAACAUGGGGUGGACUUUGAUCCGAUAUCUUCUCGAACACGUUGCGCUGGCCAUAUCAUCAAUCUCUCCCUGCAAGCAUUUCUCUUUGCGACUAGCGAGAGCGCCCUCCAAGCCGCCAUUGAACAGGAAUCUGUGCCAAAAAGUCACGGCAGGCGCAGGAAAAGAAAUGACACUGCCGGCUGGCGGAGCAUCGGUCCAAUGGGAAAACUUCACAACAUCGCUGUGUUCAUCCGCAACUCUACGAUCCACAACGAUGCAUGGGACGACAUUGCCGGAAAAGCCCUGGGAAUCGACAACAUCACGCGCUGGAACUCGUGGUUCAAGCUGCUUGACGCCGCCAUCAGCCAGGAAGGUCCAUUGUCGGUCUUCGUCAAUCAGUAUCAUAAAGAGCUGGAGGACGACAUCUUGACUCAUGAUGACUGGCAAGUAUUGAAGAUGACACACGAGUUCUUGCAGCCCUUCCACCAGGCCACCAUGGAGCAGCAAAUGGCCUGGGCGUCAAUAGAUCAGGUGCUUGAGAACAUGGACAUCCUUUUUGUGCAAUUCGAAGACGCAAAGGUCAAAUACGCCGACAACGCCCACAUGGUGAACUCGAUUCACAUGGGCUGCACUUUUGCUGCAUCCAGAGAAACGGCGGAGAUAUCUUGA